AAGAGUAGGCUGCUGUGUUCGUGAAGCAGAAUAUACAUGCACGUGGAUAAUUUGUGUCCGUGGGGCAGCUAUUGUAUUACAUAUUAAUAACAGUUUCCGGACGCUGACCCGGAUUCGCGUGUCGGCGUCGCAACGCGGCGGCACUAGCAAAACAACAAAUGCCUGAAAGCAUUACGAACGAGUACUGAAAACGCUGUAAGGGCAACAGCCUGCGAUGUGUUAUUAAAAGUUGUGGCCCACGAAUAGGCAGCAGAAUGUCUAGUUCGGUUUUUAUCGAGGCCCCGAGUGCCAGACGAGCUGCUGAUGCAGAUUCCAAUCUGGUUGUGGUCUACAGUAAAAAUGGCAUCUCUUUUGAUGAGCGGGCCAUGGAGAGCCUCAUGGAGGAAAAAUCGAUUUCCACCAUCAGCGUUGUGCGAAUAACUUCGCCCACGCCUAGCAUGGUGGACCAGGAGGAGGCCGAACGCUUAAAUGAGCUAGAGCAGUUCCUAGAUGCGGCGACGGACACUGAGUUGGACACCGACAAUGGGAGCCAAAGUGGCGGCGAUGAUGUCAGAAGCGAGGGGGACCACAUUCCCGCAGAUGAUGACAACAACACCGACGAUGAGCUCAACGAUGACUCUACAGAGACCGAAACGGAGGCUCCCAAGACCAGAAAGCGGCCCGGCCGCAAGCCCAAAGUAAUCAAAAAGAAGAAACGGCGCAAACCCAAGGAGCGGCCUCAAAUUGUGGGCCUGCGUGUGGAGCAAUUCUAUGCCGAGGGCACGGCCGACUUGGUUGUGAAAAAUGCUUUAAAGCUUGCUGGCUUGUCAAUCUACAAGAGGACGCCUGAGACGGACGCUUUGAUGGAAGUAAUUAAGAACGAUCACAAUUAUACACCCUUCACCUCGCCAGAACAAAUGAAACUCCACAAAAGAGCCGAGAAAAUUGCCCUGGAAAAGCAAAUUCAGGGUCGGAAAAUCAUUAUGCAAGCGCCGGGAAAUGUCAAAAUAAUCAAUGCCAAAAGACGAAUACAGGCACUGCCCUGCACUCCAUUGCAAGUCAAGGUGCAAAGACUGCCCGUUCAGCCACAGCAGGAGCCGCUGCUACGCAAGCCCCAGGCCCAGUCGACACCACAGCCUCUGCACAGGGAGAGACGAGAAAUGAUUGUAAACUCUAUGCCAAAGGGCAGGCCAAGGUCUGGGCGUAGCAUCGCUCAAGUAAUGGCUCCUGUGGACGACCACAUAGACGAUGACGAGGAGGCAGAGAGCUCGGAUCCCGCAGAUGAGGAGAAUGCCGACAAAUUGUACGAUAGCGACGAGGUGAGCGAGGACAGCGACGAUCUGCAGGACACGGACAAUGACAGGGACAGUGAUAUGGACUUCAAGAUGAGGCACGACAGUCGCAGCUCCAACAAGCGAAAGCGUGCGAGAAAGCUGAACAGUAGGCCUACCAGGCUGUCGAAAACCUUGCCCCCACAUCAUCCCACUCCAAAACAGUUCCCCGAACUCAAGCGGCGGAAGGAGCCAAUGCCACAGAUUAUCCUGCAGCGAAAGGAGCUAUUUCCGCAGAAAGGCAUGCAGCGUAGGGAGCAAGUGCCUCAGAGUGUCCUGCAGCGUAAGGAACAAGUGCCACAGAGUAUACUGCAACGUAAGGAACAAGUGCCACAGAGUAUCCUGCAACGUAAGGAACAAGUGCCACAAAGUGUCCUGCAGCGUCGGGAGCAAGUGCAACAGAGUACUCCGCAGCGUAGAGAGCAAGUGGCACAGACUACAACGCAGCGUAAGGAUCAAGUGCAACAGAUUACCCCACUGCGUAGGGAUCAAGUGCAACUGACUGUCCCACAUCGGAGGGAUCAAGUGCAAGUGACUGCCCCGCAGCGCAAGGAGCAAAUCCACCCGAUUGCCCCGCAGCGAAAGGAGCAAAUCCAACCGACUGCCCCGCAGCGAAAGGAGCAACUGUCACAGAAUGCUCCGCAGAUUGGUCAGAUUAUUCAACUGCCAACAACAAAGGCGCCGCCCACUGUAAUUGCGUUGGGCAGAGGCAUUCAAAGCACCUCAUUUCUUAAAAUACGCCCCACUCAUCAGGCGCUAGCCAUUAGAAAACCUCCGCUGUUUACCGAAGCGCUCGGACUAGCCUCUGCCGUUGCCAAGGUACGUCGCACACCGCUAGUCCAUGUGGGAAAAGUUGGAAAUACUUCGGAGCCCGGUGUCUUCAGUACCCCAGUGUCUCAGGACGUGAAGGAGAUUAUAAUCAACAAAAAUACGUCUAGCCCCAAGGGAGUUUUCACCAAUAUCAAUAGUUUGCUGGCCGAAAACCACAAUGCGAACACCAAAUCCUCGCCCGAUCGAAACAGGCAGCGUCCCGUAACUCCACCAUCCAGCUAUACCGCAAGAAUUAUGCACCCAGCAACAGUUUCCGUGCCCGUUCCGGUUCCAAACAAGGGCUUCAUGCCCAUCGGAGUGGAGACGGCCCAAUCUCAUACGCUGCCCGCUCAGAUUGUGAUCGAAACGCAUCAGAGUUCCUUCGAGCUGGCAGCCGAAAAUGACAAGCAACUGGACCUCAUCGAUUCGAUAGUACAAGAUGAACUGCUGAAGACAACGCUCGUCGAACAGCCGGCAGUCAGUGCAGAUGAAACUAUACCAAAACUGGUCAAGAUGCUGGAGAGUACGGCAUCGGGACUGGAUCAGGCAGGACCAGUGGCAGUACUACCAGUACCAGUAUCAGUAUCAAUGCCACAAGUGAAGCCAAACGAAAUCUUUACAGAUUUUGCUCAUCCAGUGGGUCAGAGCUCAGUGCAUAAUACUGUUCCAGUGGAUGAUAAUGUUAGCAUUGACAUGGACACUGCCCGCCUGUUGAAUACGCCAGACGAAGAUGAGAUCACAGCUGAUUUCCUACAGCAUGUCGUUGGCCUCAUCGAGGAGGACAAGCAGUUCGAGGCCGAGGUGGUGAAGCAAGUGCUGGCCAGUACCGACCCUGCAAGUCUAGAUGGCAUUGUAUCUUUGCCUCCGCCCGUUGACAGCUUGGUCCAUCCAUCCAUUCUGCACGCGUCGUCAUCAGAGCCACAUCCUUCAGUUCUCUCCGAGCACAGCCAUCUGCUAUCCUCUAUGCCUAUUGCCUGCAGCACACCAUCACGGAGCCGGCUAAUAGGAGUUCCAUCCUUGGGAGCCCAAAUCCGUGCCGAGGCUAAGGCAACGUUGCGUGGCAACGGGCGAGUCAUUCAACUGCCCCCGAUAGAAGCACCGACAACACGCGCGAAGCGACGCGCACAAUUCACACCAACAACGGCAGCUGCCACAAGCUCAGGGGACCUGAGCAACGUGUCGAUUGGGGAACCCACUCUGGAUAACAGCAGCUUCAGCAACAGCACCGAAAGCCAGUUGUCCCUCAAACCUGGAGCCGGGCCAAAGCGAGCCAACCCAAGAGAACCAUCCCUGGCCAGACGCUCGACUGUACCCAGAAGAACGAAGAAGUUAAACACGAGUCAGUCGAAUGACACCGAGGCCUCGGAAUCUCAAGAGGACGAUGAUGACCCCAACAAGCUCUGGUGCGUUUGUCGUCAGCCCCACAACAAUCGGUUCAUGAUCUGCUGUGAUCUGUGUGAGGACUGGUUCCACGGCACCUGUGUGGGUGUGACCAAGUCCAUGGGCAUUGAAAUGGAGCAAAAGAGCAUCAUUUGGAAGUGCCCGAAAUGUGUUAAAAAGCAGGAGGAAAAGAACCAACCAAGGAUUACGGAUAUGCUGGUCAUGAGGCCAGCCAUUCAACCAGAGGAGACCUCAAGCGAAAACAAAGUCUUAGUGUCUGCAGCGGAGCCCAAUCGGACGCUGCCGGCGACGGUGGGAGCUACUGUCGCCAGUGCGCCGUUGCGUAGUCCUGUGAUGAAGCCAACGACCAAAAGGUUUCCAAUCAGUCAGCAGAUGCCACAACAACAGCACCAGCAGAUGCAGAUGCAGCAGCAGCUAAAUUUUGUCAAAGUAGGAGUAACCAGUGGCCGCCCUUCAGACACCAAUUGUGUGUUCUGCAAGCGACCAACGGCUAGCGCAAAAUCGGUGUACUGUAGCGAUGAAUGCUUACGAAAAUAUGCACAGCAAGCAAUUCAGGCCCAGACGGCUGCCAAGAGUCCCGCCAAUCCCGCCAGUCCUGUGCCGCAGACGGCGGCGGACAAGCAAACGCCUCUGGCAAACAGCACUGAGCAGGCCAAGAGGCACAAAAAGAAGGAUCUGUUCGAGGAUGUGUUGCGUCAGGCAGACGCUGUGUCGAAAAUAGAGCGGAUAAAUGUGAUUGAGCGUAAGAGUGGCCGUGUACUCACUGGCCACUUGGCACCCAUCGCACAUCAUUUCAGAAAAUGGCUCCAAGACAAUCCCACCUUUGAGGUACUGCCGUCGGGCAGUUUUCAGUCCCUGGACCCAGAAAAGCGUCAGUUCAAGCGGAUUCCGGAUCCCGAGACACCAACUACUGCUACUAAAUCGUCUCCAAGUGGAACGAAAGUCCCACAGCUGCAGCGAGUACUCACCCCUCCCAUUCACGCCCUGCCCAAAAAAGAUAAGCCCCCUGCGAAUGUGGUGGCCUCACAAUCCCCCUUCAAGCCUGAGCCGAUACGGUUAAAUGUGCGACGUACGCUCAAGGAGCAGCUGCUGGCGCGCAUUAAGGAGGCACACGAUGCAGAGCAGAGUGCGGGCACCAGCACCACGACGCAAUGGCUGACACCCAUCGAGGCGGAGCAGUUCGUGAAGAGUGUGGAAUCGGAAAUGUAUAAUUCGUUUGGUUGCGAUGUGGGGUCCAAAUACAAAUCGAAAUAUCGCUCACUUAUGUUCAAUAUUAAAGAUCGCAAGAACAAGACGCUGUUCGAAAAGAUCUGUGCCAAGCAGGUGGAGCCCAAGCAGCUCGUGGCCAUGACGCCCGAGGAGCUGGCCAGCCAAGAGCUUGCCAAGUGGCGCGAGGAGGAGGCGCGUCAUCAGCUCGAGAUUAUUGAGAAAUCAGAACUAGACAUGCUAUCCUGCACACAGAACUAUGUGGUAAAGACCCAUAAGGGGGAGGAGGUGAUAGCCACCAAAGUGGAUGUCACACUGCCCAACGUGGAGUCAAUCCUGGACAAAAAGCUCACCUCUCAGAAUAGCGACCCAGAGAGUGCCAGCAAGGACAUCAGCCUAGAGCAUUCCAGCUCUAAGGAAAAGUCCGGAUCAUCCAAGGAGAAGCGUCACAAGAGCCACAAGCGCCAUCAUCCGCGCAAGAGAAGUCGCAGUCGAUCGAGCAGUCAAACGCGCAGCCUGGAGAAGCGACACCGAAGGCACCAUAACGAUGUGGAGACUGGGGGAGAACGAAAACACCGUCAUCGAGAAAAGCAGCACAGUAAAGAUCGAGAUGAACGUAUUUCAUCGCCAUCCAAAAAAAGGGAGGAGAAUGAUCGCUCAUUCUUGCCGAAAAAUGUAACAGAAAAGAAGCCAGACGAGGCGUCAGCGUCAGCGUUAGCCAAAGUGUCUAGUACGUAUAACCUGGUUGGUAAAAUUCUUGAAUCUGCCAAAACGGUGGAGCAGGCGGCGAAUUUAGAACAGCCUCCUAAGCAGCAGACUGUCAAGGCCGUGCCCCCAUCGACGACAGCCACAGCAAAGGCUGCCGCUCCAGCAGCCACUCCGCUGGACAGCUACACUCGCUAUUUGCAAGGUCUGCCCAAGCGAUCACUGUGGUCCGGCACCCUCAGCAUGACCGAUGUCGCAAACUUUCAGGUGGUGGCCCACCCUCUACUCAGCAAUUCGCAUCAAAUGACCAAGCUGCUGCCCGUCAAAUUAGAUGUGAUUGGCCGCAUAUCUCGCGUGAUGGUCUGGGACUAUAUCAAGAAGAUCAAAAAGUGUGCAACCAAAGAGGUUGUCCUAGUGAAUCUCUUUCCAUCCGGACCGAGUGAGAUUCAAAAAUUUGAUCAUUUCUUUGAAUAUCUCGACUCGCGUGAACGGUUGGGUGUAAUUGAGCCCGAAGCUAAUCAGAUUCGAGACUUUUACAUCUUUCCAUUGGGCUCCAAGGAAAAAUUGCCCAGUGUGCUUGCCCAUGCCACAGAGCUUGUUCCGUUUUACGAGGACACGCAGAGGCCCAACGCACUGAUGGGCAUCAUCGUGCACUGUCUGCCAACAUCAUUGCCAGUGGCACAAUCAUUUCCCGCGGCCAGCAGCAGCAGCAGCAAGGUGGCAAAGAAAUCACGCAGCACUACGUCAUUUACUCCGCCAAGCAGUCCCAAACGCAAGCCUAGCAACCACUCGACCAGCUCUAAGGACGACGAGUUCGAUAUUGAUGCCAUCAUCAAGGCACCCAUUACGAAAUCGCGGAAGACAGCUACAACUGUGCCUCCAGCUGUUCUAGUGCCAGCAUUGCCCGCUCUGAUAGAUGAUGCCAAUGAACCCUACUCGCCAGGCGGCAGUUCCGGCGAUGAAUCUGUUGCAACGCCAAAAGCCACAAAUAAAACCAGUCUGGCGCGUCAGGUGGAUGAAAUAAACAAACAGAUUGCGGCACAACAAUUGGAAAUUGCCGACUUGCUCAAUGUGGAACCUUCUGGAUCCGCCAAUGCCCUAUCCAGAAUAUCAAUUCCGCCAGAUCUUUCAAAGAUCCUGGCAAGCAUUAAGGACAAAUCGGACUCUGUGGCGAAUGUUGGCGAUAGUGAGGAAUACAAUCCUGAGGACGUAAUAACCACGCCUAGGCCAUAUGCAACCGCAACGACCAAGAGCAUAGGCCGUUUGGCGCGUCUAAGUGAAGCUGAGCUUCUUAGCAUGGUGCCGGACAAUCUGGUAGAUCUGGUGCCCCCCUUAACGUCUAACAACCGACAUCAGAAUCCCCCACCGCCGAAUACUUAGGGAUGCGUUCAAAAUUA